GGCAGUGUGGCGGAACUACCCAAUGGUUUUGCGUUGUUUGGCGAUCCCCGCGCGUAGAGCCGGACGGUAGUGUGGCCACCAUGGCGUCGCCCUUCAGCGGGGCCCUGCAGCUGACGGACCUGGAUGACUUCAUCGGGCCGUCUCAGGACUGCAUCAAGCCUGUGAAGAUAGAUAAGAAGCUGGGAAGUGGCGUGGCGAAGAUCCACAUCGAAGAUGAUGGGAGUUACUUCCAAGUCAGUCAGGACGGUGGGACGCGGAAGCUGGAGAAGGCCAGAAUCUCACUGGAUGACUGCCUGGCAUGCAGUGGCUGUGUCACCUCGGCAGAGACUGUGCUCAUCACUCAGCAGAGCCAUGAGGAGCUGCGGAAGAUUCUAGAUGCCAACAAGACAGCAGCGCCUGGUCAGCAGAGGCUGGUUGUCAUUUCCGUCUCGCCCCAGUCCAGAGCAUCCCUGGCUGUGAGAUUUCAGCUGAAUCCUACAGACACUGCCAGGAAGUUGACUGCGUUCUUUAAAAAACUAGGGGCGCACUAUGUGUUCGAUACUGCCUUCUCGAGGAACUUCAGUCUCCUGGAGAGCCAGCGAGAGUUUGUGCGGCGAUUCCGAGCACAGGCCGACUCCAAGCACGCCCUGCCCGUGCUGACUUCCGCCUGCCCAGGCUGGAUCUGCUAUGCAGAGAAGACCCACGGGAGCGCCAUCAUCCCCUACAUUAGCACCGCCAGGUCCCCACAGCAGGUCAUGGGCUCCCUGGUCAAGGACUUCUUCGCCCAGCAGCAGCAUGUGACCCCCGACAAGAUCUACCACGUGACGGUGAUGCCCUGCUACGACAAAAAGCUAGAGGCAUCCAGGCCCGACUUUUUCCGCCAGGAACACCAGACGCGAGAUGUGGACUGUGUCAUCACAACAGGAGAGGUCUUCAAGCUGCUGGAAGAAGAAGGAGUCUCAUUAGCAGAACUGGAGCCAGCCCCCCUGGACAGUCUGUACAGCAGCACGUCUGCCCAGGAGCCCACCAGCCAUAGAGGUGGGGGCUCCGGGGGCUACCUGGAGCACGUGUUCCGGCAUGCAGCCCAAGAGCUCUUUGGAAUCCACGUAGAUAAGGUCACCUACAGACCCCUGAGGAACAAGGAUUUCCAGGAGGUGACGCUAGAGAGGGAAGGCCGAGUCCUGCUGCACUUUGCUGCAGCCUAUGGCUUUCGAAACAUCCAGAACCUGGUGCAGAAGCUCAAGCGAGGGCGCUGCCCUUACCACUAUGUGGAGGUCAUGGCCUGCCCCUCAGGUUGCUUGAAUGGCGGAGGCCAGCUCAAGGCCCCUGAGAUGCCCAGUAAGGAGCUUUUCCAGCACGUGGAGAGGCUGUACAGCAUGGUCAGGACGGAGGCGCCAGAGGACGUGCCCGGGGUCCAGGAGCUGUACCAGCACUGGCUGCAUGGCGAGGGCUCGGAGCGGACCGGCUCUCUGUUGCACACGAGCUACCACGCGGUGGAGAAGGCCAGCUCCGGCCUCAGCAUCAGGUGGUAGGAGUGCUCACCGUAGCCAGGACCCCGAGACCCCGGGGUUCACCUCUAAAAUGCGAGGGGAGCUGCGAGGAUGUGCUAGAGCCCACACGGAGACGGGCCUCUGGGCCUACAGCCUGUGGAGGUGAUGUCCAGCCUGCGCUUGCCCGGACCCCCCGGUGUAGGCCAGCGUUUCCACAGGGCGCCGGGACCUCGCCACAGGCCCACGUCCACGAGCAGCGCCCUGCUCUUCCUGGUUGUGGUGACCCAAGUGUGUGGCGGUUUCAGCCAGUCCCAUGAGGGAAACUGGGGUUCCUCUCCCCCAUUUCUAGAUUUCUCCUGAAGCUGGGGUAAAGAUAAGCCAGACCCGCCUGGCUGGUCCAGCAUGCAGCCCAGCACGGGGAGCCCUACUGCACUUGGCGGCCAAGGACUCUGGCAGGGAGGGGUGCACAGCCUAUGACACCCGUGCUGGGGACACGGUGCCCACUCCACCUGGUGGUUCCACUGGAACCAGGUGUUUGUGUUGAGGAAGCUGUGGCCCCUGGAGCCAAAGAGCCUCAGUUCUUCACAACUGGACCCCCACUUACCAGGGCGGGGAAGGGAGGCAGAGAAGAUGAGCCCUGCCUGUCAGGCCCGCCCCUACUGAGCUCCACCUGUAAUAAACAGGCCUCCCUCUGAAAACAGCUU